GACUGCACAGUGACUCUAUGGUGCUACUUAGACCAAAGCCCAGGAGACUUAGUAACCUACACCUUGGGAGUGAGUGUACGGUCACUUGAAAAACGAGCCCAUGAACCCAGUGACCAGCGGGUGAUUAUCCACGGGAGCCCGGCGUGACCGUGGGGAGCCGGCCCUCCCGAGCAGGGGAGGAUCCCCGAGCGGGGAGCGCCGCGGGGAUGGCGAGGGCGGCGGCGGGGCCGGGGCGGCGGCGGGCGGGCCCGUGAGGAGGAGGAGGAGGAGGAGAAGGAGGAGGAGGAGGCAGAAGAGGAGGAGGCGGAAGGGGCGGCGGGCGAUGGCCGGGGCGCUGCUCCGCGGAGUGCGGCGCUUCCCCUGGUUGUGCAACGUGCUUCUCUACGGGGGGCUGUUCGCGGCGGGGGACGCGGCGCAGCAGCUGCUGCGGCGGCGGGGGGGACACCCGCCCGACUGGGCGCAGACGCGGCGAGUGGCGCUGGUGGCCCUCGCCUUCCACGGCAACUUCAGCUACGUGUGGUUGCGGGCGCUGGAGCGGGCUCUGCCCGGGCGCCGCCCGCCCGCCGUGCUCGGCAAGGUGCUGUGUGACCAGCUCCUGGGAGCGCCCGUCGCCGUGCUCGCCUUCUACACGGGUAUGAGCAUCCUUCAGAGGAAAGAGGACAUCUUUUCAGACUGUAAAAAGAAAUUUUGGAAUACAUAUAAGACAGGACUGAUGUACUGGCCUUUUGUGCAGCUCUCAAACUUCACUUUGAUCCCUGUUCACCUGAGAACAGCUUACACUGGGCUCUGUGGCUUUGUCUGGGCUUCCUUCAUUUGCUUUUCCCAGCAGAGUGGAGAUGGCACAGCGAAGUCAGCAUUUAUGUGGCUCCAAGGAGAGAAGGUCAAUGCAGAUGGAGAACCAUCAGAGAAAUAAGAACUUUAGUUCUGAACACAUUCUAAAUUGCUAAACUGGGCUCAUGGAAGUCAGUAAAUCACAGUGCAGCCUCACUGCUGUGUUGAAAAUAAACAGUUAUAUCAACAUUUGGUGGUUAGUAUAAGCAGUGGAACAGUUUGUCUUUGUGCCUGUUUAUUUUUCAUAAAAAGGCCAGUUGUAUAUUGACAUUUAAUUAUUUUCAUGCUGUCAUCCCAUCUCAUCUGGGAACAACUGACUUGCAGGGCAAUGUAAGCAUUUGCACAUCAUGUCAGACUGCCUCACUGGGGAGAAAUAUUAACUGUAAUUUAAUUUUCAAGCAACUUGUAAUUGCUAGAAAAAGGGGAACAGAACAUUAAAUCAUCAGUUGUCGGACUUGACAAUUGUUAUCAAUGCAAGGUUGCUUUUGCAGAACAAAAUUUAAUGGAUUCCAUAUCUAAAAAGUGGCAUUGUAUCUGUUUCAUUGAGUGAAAAUGAAAGUGCUGUUUUUGUAGGGCCUACUUUUCUGUGGGGCCAACUUGUUUUAUUCUACAUAAAUAUUUAUAUAGGAAAUUAAUUCUUUCAUAGAAUGUACAAACCUUAAUUAUAUUUCUACAUUUUUUUCUAAGUUUUAUCUUAACUGGGAGAAUAAAGGUAACUAACUUUGGUCAGAGGUAACUAACUUUUGGGGUGGAUGCUGCAUAUUGACCCUUAGGGGAAGCAUCAGUGAUGAGCAGCUCCUA